GAAUUUCCAUUGAAACAGAUAACAAAAAUGUAAAAGCAGAGGAGUUUAAGGAGGCUAUUCUUAGUUGCAAGCACAGAUUUUCAAAAGGGAUGAGCUUAAGAAUAGAAUGGAAGAAAAUCCAGUCUCAAGGAGUCUCAUUUGUCUACUACAAUGGUGAAUUUACAGGUGAUCUUCGAGGCCGAGCAGAGAUGCUGAAUACAGGAAUCCGUAUUAGAAACGUGACUAGAAAGGAUUCUGGCACCUACCGCUGUGAAAUCAGUGUAAAGAGUGAAGAGGAGCAACACCUGGGAGAGGCUACUAUUACUCUCACAGUAUUAGUUCCUCCGACUGCUCCGGUCUGUGAGGUACCCAGCUCUGCGAUGACAGGAACAGUAGUGGAACUGAGCUGUAAAGAGACUGAGGGGUCUCCUCCAUCUGAGUACCAGUGGUACAAGAAUGGUGUUGCCUUACUGGAAAAGACAGGAACAGGCAGUGCUAGAGCAGCAAACAUAACUUACACCAUGAAUAAAAAGUCUGGCACUCUGCUAUUUAACACAGUUACAAAGAACGACACUGGAGAGUAUUUCUGUGAAGCCUCCAAUGGGAUUGGAUUAUCUCAGAAAUGCUCAGUGAAGCGAAUGCAAGUUGAUGACCUUAAUGUAAGCGGUAUCAUCAUUGCUGUAGUAUUUGUGGCUCUGGUCAUGGUGUUGUGUGGCCUUGGAGUAUUCUAUGCCCAAAAAAAGGGCUACUUUACUAAGGAAAGCUCUUCCCAAAAGAACAACUAUCAAUAUACAAGUGAAAAUGAUUUCAAGCAUACGAAGUCCUUUGUUAUUUAGAAGAUUUCAGCCUCUGUGAGGGACAUCAAAUGACUACUUCUUAUACAAAAAUAUCAAAGGGAUCUUUUGACCUCUACUUUGUAAAUAUUGUCUCCACAUACUGCAUGCUGAAAAUAAAAAUUGCCA